GAGAGCCUGAAAGAUGGCCGAACCGUGAGUCCUCUUUUACAAGAAGUCUUUAUACAUAUAUAUAUAUAUAUAAAUAUAAAUAUACACACACAUUGCAUGUUUUACUCCCCGUGAACUGAGAGCAGAUUAAGAAACCAGCUCCACCAAAAAGAUAACAACAUCAAAUCCAAUAAGUCAGAAAGUGCAAUCCAGGACUGUCUCGAAGGCUUGCAAAAAAAACCCGGGUUCCAACAAUUUAAAAAGAGCCGAGAAAAACAACAACUUAAACUGAAUUUAAUGGAUAGAAAUUAUCCCACUUCUGGAUUUGGAGAUCCCUUAGGUGCUGGGCAAGGAUGGACCUACGACAGAUCACCGUCAGGAGUGAAAGCCAGUCUGGUGUAUGGAGGGUCUCGCAGUUCACAUCCCGAAACAGACAUUCUACACAGACAAGCCUAUGCGACACCUCAUCCUCUUCAAGGCUAUGCAACCAAUCAUCAUCCCGCUGGCCUCUCGGGGCUUUUUGAGACUGGGCUUCACCACGCUGGCAGCACCACCCCAGACGCCUCUGUCAUGAACCUCAUUUCCGCUCUGGAAUCACGGGCACCGCAGCCUGGACCCUCUGCCUCCUCCCUCCUCUCACAGUUCCGACCUCCAUCCUGGCAGACAGCCAUGCACACCCCCGGACCCGCUGAAUUAUUCAUCUCUGGAGCUAUUCCCGGUUCUGGGACUUUUCCAUCGUCGUCUGCGCUCUCGGCCUAUCAACACCCGGCCUCCUUCAGUGGGCGGAGUUUCCCGGUGACCUCUUCGUUGACCCUUCAGGAUGCCACCUUCAGCCCAAGCUCCAACGGCCUGCUCUCGCCCCAUGACCCGCUGCUCCACAUCAAGUCGUCGCAGUCCAGUGUCCCGUCCUCACUGACCUUCGACCGCCUGGGCAGCGCUGUCCUGGGUACGGGCCUGCCGUCACAGAGCUCGGCGUACCGCACGGCGCAGGAGUCGGCCUCCCGGCACCUGCAGUCGCAGUUUAACCUGCUGUCCUCGCCCCUGGGGCCUUCGGACCAGGCCUCGCAGCUCUAUAACACCUCGGUCUUCUCCAGCUCGCCAGCCUCGGGUAUCGAGAGGGCUAUCCCGCGGCAGGACAGCGUCAUCAAGCACUACCAGCGGCCUACCGGCGCCCAGGCCCAGCUGCCCGCCUCCCACCACUCCCUGCAGCACUACCUCAGCUGCGGGGGGAGCCACAGCUUCCAGCAGAUGCCCAGGCACUCCACACUCUCGUGCAGCCCGCUGGGUGAGCAGUCACCGGUGAGCAGUGAGGGCGGCCAGAAGAGCUCCCAGGCCCGUGGUGAGCACUCUCAGAGCUACCGGCCCAUCAUCCAGUCGCCGGGCUACUCCUCCUCCUCGUCGACCUCCUCCAAAUCCAAGAGCUACUCUGCCUCACGGCAGGCCCAGAGGGGAGGUGCCGCUGGUGCCGCCGUCACGCCCAAGUGCCAAAGCAUCUCUUCCAGCGGCCAGUCGCACAUCUUCUCCUCGUCCGCCCCCAAGGCCAGCUCGGUGAUUUCCACCCAGGCCCAGGCCUAUUCCCCGGGCCAGUCGCAGGCCCUGCUGGGCAUGAGCCAGUCACAGAGCUACACAGCGUCGCAGGCUCAGAACCUGGCGGCGGCGGCAGUGACCCAGUCGCCGGGCUUCAGCUCCAGCCAGUCGCAGGACCUGACAGCGGUGAGCAAGGCCCAGAGCUACUCGGGUAGCCAGCAGGCCCAGCCCCAGCCGCAGCCCCAGCAGCAACAGCAGCAGCAACAGCCCCAGGCCCUGCAGACCUGCGUCAGCCAAGCACAGAACUACUCUCCGGAGCAGCUCCAGGGCCUGUCGUCAGUUGGCUCCAUCCAGACCUACAGCGUCCAGUCAGAACCCCAUUCCUCUGCCACACCGGGGCAGAACUACGGCCCGGCCCACUCGCAAGGGAUGCCCGCGGCCAGCCCCUCCCUCAGCUACGCUGCUGGACAUUCCCCGGCCUUGAGCUCCCACGGGCCAUCCAUCGUCUACUCCUCAGCCAGCCACGUCCAGAGCCUGUCGGAUGCCAGCCCCUCACCAAUCAUCCGGCCCCUGCAGUCACCAACCAGCAGCCGACCUCAGGGCGUGGGGUCUCCGGGCCAGUCCCAGAAGUACCUGUCCUCCGUCCUGUCGCCGUCCUUCAUCCAGCCGCCUCACUCGCAGGCCUUCCAGCCCUCGCAGGCGCCCCUGGAGAGAGCGCCGGCCUAUGGCAAGGCCAAAGCCGACCAGGAGCUGCUGGCGUCGGAGAGGACGGAGGACGAGGACUUCCUGAUUCAGCACCUGCUGGACUCACAGAGCCCGCCGCGGGUCUCGUCGCAGAGCCUGGCCGAGUGUGAGGAGCGGGCGCCCAAGGGCAUGGUCUACGAGAUGUCCAAGUCUGAGGAGAGGUACCACCUGCAGAGCGUCAUCCGUACCAGCUCGAGUUUGGACAGCCAGGUCCUGGAGAUGUCGCUGCAGGGUCUGAAGGAGAAGAAGAAAGGCGAGCGGCAGAAGGAAUACGGCCGCUCCUCAUCCGAUGCCCUGGUCACCUCGGUGGUGCACUACAGCCACCAGCCCAACAGCAUCGACGGCCUGGCUCAGGACAUCAAGAAGACGGUCGACCACCUCCAGGGGGCGCCCCACUUGGACGGUUCCGGAAAGGAGCUCGGCACGGGCCACUCUUACCUGCAGAAGACCCCGGAGCCGGGAUCUCGGGCCCACCACCUGGGCCCUGACUCCUCUCAGCUCGAGAGCCACGGAAUACUGCAGGGCCAGGCCGGCUCGCAGCUGAUGCUGGAGGCCUCGCCGGAGAUGCAGCUGCCGCUAGGCCACCAGGCGCCUGGGCAGCAGUCACAGCUGCUGCAGUCGGUGCUGACCCACACCCAGAGCCAGCAGCAGGCGCAACAGCAGAUGCUGGAGGCCCACCUGCAGAGCCAGCAGCUACAGGCCGCCCACGCCCACGCGGCAGGCCUGGACUCCCGCCUGCUGCCCGGGGAGCCCCGCUCGCCCCAGCUCGCCCCUCCCGAUGCCAUGGAGCGCCUGCCACGCUCCGAGAGCAUGCAGCCGCAGGAGAUGCAGGAGUUCCUGGAGCCCGAGCUUCACCUGGAGAGCCACCUGGCCCAGGCCGGGCAGGUCCAGCAAUCUCAGCAGCCGCAGCCUCAGCCCCAGCCCCAGCACCUCCUCCCCGAAGCCAGCGAGCCACUGCGGCUGGACAGCUCCGAGACCUCCCAGCAGGUCUCCCAGCAGCAGCUGGAGGGCAAGGACCAGUUCAGCUCGGGCAGCCCACAGAGCGCCAAGCAGAGGUUCGUGCCACUCACCUCCAUCUGCUUCCCGGAUUCCCUGCUGCAGGAUGAGGAGCGCAACUUCUUCCCGGGCAUGGAGGACAUGUUCUGCUCGGCCCCCUGCAGCAACGAGGAGUAUAGCAAGCAGUCGUGCGGGGACGAGGCUGGGCAGCCGAUGGAUAGGAGCGACGGUGGCAUGAAGUCCAGCUUUGACAUGAUGCACUCGAGCCAGAGCUUCCCGGGGUACUGCGCCUCUGAGCCGGCCGGGGGGCAGCAGAACGUCCACCUGGACCUCAACCCGGUCACCCUGAAGCCGGAGCUGGAACCGCCCACUGUCCAGGCCGAGCACCUGGGCCUGACUCCGCCUGGCCACGGGCCCACCAGUGCCGAUCUCAAGUCGCCGCUGACGACCGCCAGCUUCUGCUCCAUGAAGACCAAGAAGUUCCUGAAGACCUCCUCACUCCACCUGCUGAAGAAGAAGGACUCCCCACCGCAGCCGCCGAAGAAGAACUAUGCCCAGGAGUACGAGUUCGAAGACGAGGAGAAAGAGGAUGUCCCGGCCGACAUCCGACUCAACAACCGCAGGCUCCCGGACCUCCUCCCUGACCUGAUCUCCAGCUGCCGCACUCGCACCAACCUCAGCCCAGUCUCUGACAUCGACUUCUGCUCUGGCAACAACCUGAACGAGGGCAAGAAGAAGGCCAAGAGGACGCCCAAGCCCAAGGAGAAAGGGCCCCCGAGACCCCGGGGACGGCCGCGGAUCCGGCCCCUCGAGCCCCCUCAGGGCGUGACUCAAGACGGACCCAAGAAGAGGGGCCGGGGCAGGGGAAGGGGCAAGAAGAUUAUGGAGAACGAAAACGAGGGCUUCAAAAUGGAGAAACAAGCGAAACCCGGCAAGGCCAAGGUUCAAGGGUCAAAGACAAGUGACCUUCUACCCAUCGAGGCUCCAGAGUCUGUCCCAGCAGAAAGUGUCUUGGAGAACAGUCAAACCCAAGAAAAGAUCAAGAAGAAAAUAAAAGAGGUGGAGGAGAAACAGCCGGAAAUGAAAUCUGGAUUCAUGGCCUCGUUCCUGGACUUCCUGAAAUCGGGAAAGAGGCAGCAGCUGCCAGCCACGACCUCCAGCCCGCAGAAAGGGCGCCCCUCGUCGGUUAUUAACCAGCCACCACAAGCUUCCUUUGGCCUGACGCAGUCAAUGCUGUCGGGGCCCCUUGACGCCUCAGAGAGUGACAGCCUAAUGAGCUGUGCCAGCCCCUGCAAGAGGUUUGACGAUGACCUCAAGAAGAACCUGGAGACUCUGCCGUCGUUCUCUUCCGACGAGGAGGAUUCUGUUAGCAAGAACCAGGACCUGCAGAAGAGCAUCAGCUCUGCCAUCUCUGCCCUCUACGACCCAAUGGAUCGCAAGGAGAAUGACAUGACAGAUAAUAUGACCGUAGAAGAGAAAGAAGUCAGCACAUCACCUUCUGAGGCCUCCCAGCCAGAGCAGCCUGCUCCCCCGUCUCCAGUCUUGCCUAAAGAGUCGAUCCCAGAAGAAGAACCUUCUCCUCCCCCCGCGUCCCCACCACAGCCAGAAGAGAAAGAGGCUCCUUCCCCCAUCAAGCUAGCCAAGAAACAGGACACAGUGGCCAUUUAUGGCGAGACUGACGAAGAUGAUGAGGAGAGUGGCGGAGAAGGUGCCAUACGGAAGUGGGACGAGUUUGUCAUCAAAAUUGACGACAUCAAGGAACUCAAGCUAGCGAUGCAGGCCGGAAGCGAGCCUCCUCCAAUCUGGCGAGUGCAGAAAGCCUCGCUCCAGCAGUUUGUACCCGAGGUGCGGGAUGGUCAGCGCCACUUCUCUUCCAGUGCUCAGUAUAUCGAGUACCCGGAUGAGGUGAAGAUGGACUACCAGCGGCUGUAUGUGAAGUUUCUGGAGAAUGUGGAGAAAAAGGACUACGUACGGAUCUGCUCAAAGAAGCCCUGGCACAGGCCCUUGCACCUGGCCAAGAAACAAGACUCUGUCGCCAUUUCUGGCGAGACAGAUGAGGAGGAUGAAGAAAGCGGAGGUGAAGGCGUCUUCCGGGAGCGUGACGAGUUUGUCGUGAAGAUCGACGACAUCAAAGCACUUAAGCUCGCCAUGCAGGCAGGAAGGGAACCGCCGCCUAUCUGGCGAGUGCAGAAGGCCUUGUUGCAGAAGUUCACCCCCGAGAUCAGGGAUGGCCAUCGGCAGUUCUGUGCAACCAGCAAAUAUCUUGGCUACUUUGGUCACGCAAAAAAUGAAUACCAGCGACUCUACGUUAAAUUCCUGGAGAACGUCAACAAGAAGGACUAUGUCCGCGUAUGCUCCAAGAAGCCUUGGCAUAGGCCGCAGCAAUCCCUGAGACGGCAGAGCCAGACAAAGACCACUCCUAAUCGAGUACCGGUCGUGGUUAAACCGGAGCCACCUGCUCGACCAGCAUCGAAACCCAAGCAGAGACCGUCCAAAGCCAAGGCCGAGCCCCCUCCGAAGAAGAGGAAAAAAUGGCUGAAAGAGGUUGCUUCAUCAACGGAAUCGGACUCUACCCCCAACCAGCAAAGUGAAGAGGAACGGAUCCCGACCGGCCGCAUCCUGAACACACGGGCAAUGAAGGAGAUGUACAAGAGCUACAUCGAGCUAUUGGUCAGUGCGGCCCUUGACCCAGCCAUGAUCGAGACAAUUGAGGCCAACAAUGAUGAACUCUAUUUACCAACCAUGAGGAAAAUUGAUGGAAUUUUAACAGAACAUAAGAAACGCGUGACAAAGCGCGUGUCCCUGAGCUCCUCACUCCAGGAGGGGCUGCAAGCAUUCCCCCAACUGGUUGUUGAGGACUGUGAUGCGGACCGCAAGAACAACCCGGCCAGCUCGGUGAAGUUAAAAGUGGCUGGGACACCUUAUAACCGGAAGACACUCAACCAACUAAAAAAGAAUGUACCACGGACACAGGACUUCCAAGUGGAGGCAGAGAAAUUGCAGUUUUACACCUUAUUCCACUCUCUCCAUCACUACAAAUACCACACAUUACUGCAUUGUAAGGAGCAGACGGACACUCUGUCGGAGGUGAACGAGGACCUGGGUCAGGAGGAGAUUGUGCAGCAGUGUAUGAGGAAUGUGGCGUGGUUGGAGAAACUCUUUGACUCGUUCAGCGAGCUCCUUACACAGGUGCAGCAGCAGUGUGCGUGACACCUCCCGCGAUUGACAAGGCUGCCCGGGACUAUCCUUUCUCUUUCUGUCAUUCUUCCAUUUCCCUCCACUCCAUCACAGAUCCCCUCUCACUGCCACCUUGUUCCCAGCCCUUGUCCUUCCCUCCGACGCUGGACUCUUUGUCCAAUUCAAAAGGACGUAGGACUUGACAUCAGUGAACAGUGGAGCUGGCCUGACCUUCGUCACUGGAUUUACGAUUUUAUAUUUUGGGAUUGUUGUUGUUGCUGUGUGGUGAUUUCAGUGCAAAAAUAUUCGGUUAGGAUUUUUGAAUGACUUAUUACUUUCUUCCUGGCCCCUCGGAUAAAUCCUGACGGCCUAGGCCUCGGCCUGCACUCAGAGUACUGAGGGACAUCGAGGUUUUAGGAAAAUGACGACGGAGGUGGGGCAUGCUGGGAGGGAGGAGUGUUGGCGGAAUUGCCUAGUUGAAAGACUUACAAAAAAAGAAGUGGUAAUUCCUUUUCUUAUUGCAACCCUGUCCACCUGACCCACCUUCUGAAGAUGCCAUCUGCCAUUUCCGUGAGAUGAGUUGCAGCCUACUCACCAAUGCUCGGUUUGAAGGUCACGUAUUAACCCAGCUCACUAACAGUUUCCUUUCCCUCUGGUGACACUGUGUUAAUAUACAACUGGAAGAUGUGGUGUUUGAGAUGGGGUGAGGGCGGGGGUGUGGGGGGGUGGUCAAUGAUCACAUUGGCUACAACAUUGCCCAUGGUGACCUGAAGCAUAGCAGAGAAAGACCUGCGACAGAGAAGAAGAAACGUGUGUAAAAAAGGAAAAACAACAUGAAGGCAAAAAUCAGGUUUUCCUUUUUUAAAAAAGACAAAGUUUCAUUUACAUUUAAGUCAGACUGCCUAUCACAACUUGUUUUUUAAAAACAAAAAUGAAUUCAGCCCCUUCAGCAAAAUUAACUACGAACAUAUCCUUUAACCACAAUCCACUUCCUCACUGUCUGAUUUUCCUCAGAUUCAAAAUUUCCUAAAGAGGCGCUCAAUAUUGUUUUUGAGCACUGUCUCCCUUUACUGUGGUCCGUUCUAGGUCUCACUUGUCUAUGUUGGUUAUUCCUGGUGUUGGAUAUAUGAGAUGAUGGAUAGCCUGAUAUGUGCUAGUUGACACCUCAGUCAUUGCUCUAGGCAAAUUAAUGACAGCAGAGGUGGGGUGGCAGUGUUUGGGUUAUAAUUGUCGUCUUCUUCCCUCGCCAACUCCAGUCCCACCCCCAAUCUUUCUAACAUGCCCCUUCCUGACCCUUGUCAAUUUGGAAGUUGUAAACUAUCACUGACCCAGCCUGUUCUGUUCUCUGGUACUGACUCCUCUAUCACUAAUCUCACCUGUUCCCUGAAUGCACCUCCUUCAUCCUGUCCAGUCCCACCUUAAUCUUAACCCAACCCUAUUUCAAAGGCAAAUUCCUGAAUAACAACUUGAUUUAAUUAUGGGGGAAGGGGGGUGUGCGAGUUGGUUGGGUGUAGCUCUGGGUCAUGUGUAGGAUUUUUAUUUGUUCCCUGUGCGGGAGGCAAGGACAAAGGUCAGAGGUGAGCCACAAAUGUCACACACCAACCAUUAGGCCUUUUGACUGACCUCCUGGAUGGAAUGCUCCCUAUCCAACUGUCCCUCUGGACAUCCCUUGGCUUUUUCUGAAUGUCUGGGAAGGGAUGUUUGUGCUUCCUUUUCUCUGGAGACCGGAGAUGAUGUUUUACUCUGUCAUUGGCUUUCUUUGCUUGUCUUGUGAGCUGCUGACAUGGUGUGCCAGAUACUCGAACAGAGAUCUGACAGCCAUGUUAUAUUUUGACUUCUCCCCUGGCCAACUGACCAGGAUAGAGUUAGGAAAUAAAAUAGGUCACUUGUCAACUCAUUAAGUAUUUCUCCAGAGGUCCCAGUGCUCUCCUAAUUUGGAAACUUCAAAUUCCAAAAUAAAUAUUUUCUUUUUACUGCUCAGACAUUGGAGGUGAGAUGGGGCUGGGGGGGUUUGUUGCUGGCUUGUCUAACUCAUGCUGUCUCUAAAUUGUUGCUAAUUAUCUGAUUAAGAGUUUUGAGAAGCUGGAAUAUUCAGUCAGCGAAGUCUGCGAGGUUGCCAUGGUGACCGGCUAGUUUGCCAGUCAAACCUGACCCCCAAUGUCUAGUUUCCUAUUUUGGUUGCUUACCCCUCCCACUGACCCCAUCCCCUUUCCCAAUCCCAACAGGUAAAAAAAUCCUGGAGGUUUCUGUUUGUAAAUUAGUGUUUAUCAAGUUAAUUUGAAUUGAGAUGAUCUCAAAAUGUGGGAAUGUGAGGCCGUAAAUGCUGGAUCAGCCUUGUGCUGCUUAUUCAGUGAAUGGCUUUGGACAACACUGCAAAUGGCUGCCAUUCUGGAGGACAUGUGACUGAAAACACAAAGUGGCUGCCUUCUGGAGGACAUGAGACUGGAUAGUCAAAGUGGCUAUCAUUCUGGAUAUGAGGUGGCUGGACACUACGAUGGCUGCCACCUUGGAGGGUGUGUGACUGAAUACUGGAGAACAGAUGAUGGUAAAUAGCUGCCAACUUCAAGAAUGAGUGGCAACUGGACACAAUUUUACUCUGGACCUGGGAGGUUGGGUGCAAAUGGCAAUUUAAAAUUGUGGCCAAUGUGGGAUGGAUAUUACAUAUGGCCAUCAGUUGCGAAGGGCGAAAGACUCCGAAGAUUGAUUUCUUUGGAAACAGGUCCCACAAUCAAAGAAGACAAUCCUUCCUUCCGAAAAUGGCUGUUGUAAAUCAUCUUUCACCGGCCAGGCAACUCCAACCCACCCCUGCACCAUCCUACAACCUCCCACCUACCCCACUGAAAAUGUAACGCUUUUAAAAAGAUGCACAGUCUAUAUUAGUAGUUACUUCCAUGCAAAACGUCCUGGGGUCUCCUUGACAUGACCUUUGGCAAUUCUAAAUGGAUGUGGGAAAGGAAGGGGAAACAGGUGGGUGGUAAUGCAGGGGAGGGGAGAAAUGCCAGUAAGAAAGGAACUCUGCAGGAGCAGCUUUGAGCUUUAUUAAAAACUCAUUAAGGUGAAGUUGAGUGUGACACACUGCAGCAAGUUUUGGACCUAACUUUCUGAUUUUAAUCAUUUAAAAGAAAAUUUCCCCUCAUCCUUUUAACAAGAGAAUUAACUAUUUAAAAAAAAACAAAAAAAGUCUAACGCUGGCUGAAUAUAAUUUAAUCAAGUUUUCAAGUUAUUUAAAUGCAUUUUACUGAUUCCAUGUCUCUUUCCUUCCAGUAAAACAAUUUUACAAAAAAAAUUAGAUUCUGUCCUUCUUGGGUGCUGAGUUCUCUGAAGCGCUUUUUAAAAUAGUGGCUACAUGCCAAAUCUCCAGUGUAUAUAUUGUACAGAGCAAAUGUCCAUGUACUAUAUUAUAUUUGAGAGAGGUAAUCAAUUCUUAACAGAGGAAAAAAAGCAAGGUUGCUUAGCUGUGAUGUUCAGUCUGACUGGACCUUAUUAGUACCUGGUUUAUAUAAUAUGUUCUGAGACUUGUCACGUGUCCUAUUUUAUUCAAAAAGGUAGUUUACGACAAAACGGAUUGAUACACCCCUACACAGACCCAGUGAGUGGCGGGAUGAACUUGCCUGUGAUAAGAUUUCCCAAACCUUCCCCCUUUAGCAUAAGAGACUCGGGUGCCCCAAACUAAAGGCCACAACCCUGCAGGAGUGGAUCUUGGUUGCUGCUGGGAGUUGGGAUUUGGGCACAGUUCAUUGGAACUAAGAGACGUAUGGAAAUGAAAUUCAGCCAGAGCUGCUGAUUCUGAUGGCUUUGAAGCCUCCCACUGUCUGCAGCGUUAAGUGUGUGUGUUUGUGUGUGUGUGUGUGUGUGAGAGAGAGAGAGAGAACAGUCUGGGAAGAACAGCACAAGACUGGAUUACUCUGGAGGGCCAGCAGUGCUGCUUGUCCCAGUUGAAUUUCACGUGGGGCACCUGUCAGCUGCAGGCGUUGUGCUGGGCUGUAAUGCCUGUCCCGUUUGAAUACACAGUGUAAGUCUCUGGGCUUGUGUGUGAAAGCAAGUCAUGAGGAAAGAUGACAAUGUGAUCAGAGGGUAGAGUAAGCCUGUAACAGCCCAAUUAUUUUUAUGUCUGGUCAGUCUGAUGGCCUCUGUGGAAAAUAUUGAAAGAUGCCCACUUCUGAGCUGGGAUAUCAAUUUUAUGAUAGCACAUUGUGUUAGUUGCCUGGUUUCCAAUUCUCCCCUUCCACCCAGCUAUAUACACAGCCGACACAUUUGCCCCAUUGUUGCUGAGAGGUCCAGAAUGUUAGGCAUGAUAUCCUAAGACCAUAAGGCAUAGGAGCAGAAAUAGGCCAUUCAGCCCAUCAAGUUUGCUCCACCAUUCAAUGAGGUCAUGACUGAUUUGAUAACCCUCAACUCUACUUUCCUGCCUGUUCCCAGUAAUCCUUGUUUCCUUACAGAUUAAUAAUCUGUCAAUCUCAGCCUUGAAUAUACUUAAUGACCCAGCCUCGACAGACCUCCGCAGUAAAGAAUUCCACAUUCUGAGAGAAAAAAUGUCUUCCUCAUUUCUGUUUUACACAUGUGACCCCUUAUUCUGAGAUGAUGCUGUCUGGUCGUGGGUUCUCCCACAGGGAGAAACAGCUUGUCCAGAAAUACCCAGUCAAGCCCCGUUGUAUGUUUCAAUAAGGUCACCUCUCAUUUUUGUAAAUUCCAAUGUGUACCGGCCCAAUCUAUCAAAUCUACCAUUAAGACAGUGCCUCCACUCCUGGAUUAGCCCACAAAUCGCUGAGCGAAAUUCUGGUGAAUUCUCACCUAUAUCGCAAUGUCACGGUUCUCAUUGUGGGAAACACUGAGCCAACACUUGUGCACAACAAGCUCCCACAAACAGCAAUAUGUGAAGGACCAGAUCAUCUGAUGGUUGAAAGAUCUAUAUAACCCAGCCAAGGCAAAGCUCCUCGGCCCUGCUUUUCUUCAGAACACCGCCGGUAUGUCGUCUUUGGAGCAUAUCCACCUGAGGGAAUAGAUUGGACCUCGGUUUGUAUCCAAACCAAAAGAUGGCACUGUCUGACUGCAGUUCUCCUGCAGUACUGUAUGAGGCACUUUGAAGCUUGACUGAAUGUGAUUUCUUAGUUGUGCAUCUCACCACCAUCUCCCUUCCCCCCCACAACCUUUAUGGCACACAGAGGCUGAUCAGCUCAUUGCGUCCAUGCUAGCCUUCCACAGUAAUCCAGUCAGUCCUUUUCCCCUGCUCGAAUAUUGUUUCUUGUACCUCAGUCAAACAGACAUUCCUUGUGUGGCAAUGGCAGUGUUGUGUUGGCUGUUUGGAUAAGUUGGCAUUAUCAUCAUCAGGCUUCAUUCCAACUCUCAGGCAUUUGUCCAUCAGCAGUGUCACUGGAUUGUGAUCUGAAGUAAGACCCUUUAGAUAAACCAAUGGACUGGGGGAAGCAUUUUAUUUGAGUCAUUGGUUUUUGAGUAUCCUGUGGAUUAAAAUAAUUCUUAGGGUUUACUUUCACUAACUUAUCAUUAAUGUAUGGCUGGCUGGCUGUGUAUCUGUGUGAACGGAACAAAUAGUAGGUUAUCCAUGGAUAUGGGAAAUAUCUUCUAUUUGGGGCCACAAGAAUCUUCUAGAACUUGCAUUAUAUGAUGUGUUGGGUUGCCAACUCCGACUGGAUGAUUUCUUGAAGGUUUCCUUCACAUGAUAGCAUCUCAGUUGCAAAAAACUUUGUAACAAUUUAAAAACCUGAAGGCUUUCAAACUGAAAUGUCAAAACUUUUCCCCAAUCUUGCUCCCAGGUUUUAAUUCCUAGCAUCUUCCCUGGAGAUUAACCUAUUUUUCUAAUCAACCUGUUCAGAGAUGUUAUUACACACCUCUGGAGCUGGUGGGAUUUGAACCCAAGCCCUCCUGGUCCAGGGUAGGGAUACCUACCACUGUGUCACAAGAUUUCCUUCUGCUGGAGAUCACCUUGGAAACUCCUGACUAACCAUGGAGCAUUGUCAACCCUAGACUGGUGAUGUCAUUUUUUCUAGUCCCUAAACUACACCUGUAUCCUCUUAUCAGGCUCUGUGGUUGUAAACUGAGUGUUGACCAUCAGUUGCACCAACUGGACCAUUCACUCUUCUGCUUGAAAUGCCCCGGGAGAUGCCCAUUGCUUUGGUGAAACUAGUUGGGACUUUGGGAAGAGUUGGGAAGGAUAUUUCAUUGGCUGUCCUUCUCAAAAUUGCUACUGUCCUUCCCACUAAACCGGCUCUUGAGCUUGUUGCUCCUGCUCUAUACUCUCUGGAUGUGGGCAACAUGUACUGUCCACCCUUCACUGAAUUACUGGGACACUCAGUGGGACAUUGCUGCAGGUUUGUGACAUUGUAUCUACACCCAUCUGGGUAAGGCAAGUGAGUUUUCUUCCUAUAGGAAGCCUGAUGAGUUUUAUUUCUAAUUGAACUUAAAUUCGCCAGCUUCUGUGAUGGGAUUUGAAAAUGCAUUUCCCGAUUAUUCACCCAACAACAUAACAAAUGUAUUGCCGUUCCUUUUGUUACUGAAGUAGAUCAGUGAGAAGAACAAGUGAGUGAUUGGGGAAUUUUCUUUUAGAAAUACGUGAAUUUACUGUUCAUGAUCAGAAGGAUUGUUUCCUUUUCUGGGGGCUUUUCAAGAAAAAUUAUCAAAGCAGUCCUAAAAUUAGCCACUCCUUGUUGGUGCCUUGAUGAAUUGGUUGGGUUUCUCACUGUCAAUCUGACACCACUUGGAAGAUGGCGAAUCCUGAGUGGGGCUUGGGUGGCUAACUCUGGUAGGAUGGAUUCCUGGAAUUUCAUUGUGUAAUCACCAAUGGCUUCAUUCCCAGCUCACCCUCCACACCCAUCGUCAUGAUUCUCCACCUACUCCACAUCCAACUGGAAAACCAUCAAAGUCCUUCUGACUGUCAGUUGAACCAUCUUUUUCAUCCCUAUUUUUCUCAUUUUUAUUUUAACCCAAAGCAUUCAAAGUCGGGUUUGUUUUGCUCUCAGUUUUCAUGGCCGUUAUAAUUGUUCUUUCUCUCCAGGGCUUGCUAAUCUCAGCAACGCCCUUGGCAAUGAAUCUGUUUAACUUUUGAAGGCUCCAAGAUAAUCCCGUUGGAGCUGGCAACCACUAGGAGAGUUGGGGACUGUAGGGUUACAGUGCAACAUGGUCAGGUGGUGGGGUGGAAAGGGUGGAAUGGGAGGUAAGCAGUUAAGUGUUUCAACAUGUCACAGAGCCCCUUUCCACUGGAUGGCAUAUUUGAUGACUAGGAGUAUGGGAACCACCUUGCAGAUGUGAGCUAUGUUUGAAGUUUCUGCAGUUUGCUUCUAAAGGAAGCGUUGUUGGCACAUCUUGAACCUUUUUUGUCGUAAACUGCUUUUCUGAGUUGCAAUGUUUUCAUCCCUCUCACAGACACACACACACACACACACACACACACACACACACACACUCUCUCAUUAUGUACUACUUAUUAUUGACUUUUUUUAAUGACGUGUUUUAACUGUACAAUGUUAUGGCCUGAAAGGUAUUGUUACUGUUUCUGAUUUGUGUUUCUGUAUUGAUGUUACAUAUAUUAUAUAUUUUUAAUUGUUUAAUAAUGUCCUGCAAAUGUUAUUCUUUUCCUAAUUCUACCUUCCCCUCCCCCACCCAUCAGCCCCACUUCCCUCGCAAAAUGUAAAACUUGCGUUGUAUACUGUGUCCACAGAAUGAAAAAAAAACACAUUCUUCCUCUGUAUCGUUUUUUUUCUAAAAAAAAUAGUUUAACCUCUUUUGUGUUUUAAAUGAUGAAUACUUCCUUCGCUGCUUUCUGCAUUUUUUAAAAACCUGUUUUAAUAUG